AUGAGGCCUUCAGCAAACUCCACCGCUGCGGCUACUAGCCAGGAUGCCGCGCUCAGAAACUGGAAGUCUCCAAUACCAUACCUCUUCGGUGGCCUAGCCCUCAUGUUGGGGCUUGUCGCGGUUGCGCUGCUGAUUCUUGCUUGCUCCUUCCACAAAACGCCGUCAUCCAACAGCUCAACAAGCAGUGAUGCAGAUCAAGAUCAGAAACCAACUAGGCCAGUGGACAUAGAGGCUGCAGAUUCUGAGCCCAAGAUUGUUGUCAUAAUGGCUGGAGAGAAAACAGCAACAUACUUGGCCAAGCCAAUGUGUUCCAAUACUCACCAAACUGAUCAAAAUGUUUGA